AUGGAGUGUGUUCUUCAAAUCUUCAUUUUGUCAGAACUGAGGUCCCUGAAAGGCUUGUCAAAUGGAUUGCUACUAGGAGCCUACGACCCCCUUGAUCCAACGGGCAACAUCACAAUCAGAUGGGAUGUGAGGAGCUGGGUUCCAGAUAGCUAUGUGGCUGAGGUUUCACUAUUCAACUAUCAGCAGUACCGCCACUUCAGCCACCGGGAUGGAAGCUCGGGUGGGUGUGGUCAAAGAAGGAGCUGCAAGGUGAACCCGGAGAUAGUCGACCUGCUUCCCGGGGCACCUUCCAAUAGGCAGAGGGCCAACUGCUGCAAAGGAGGAGUCCUCAGCUCACUGGCACAGUACCCUGCUAAUGCUGUGGCCUCCUUUGAGGUUGCAGUUGGUCGAUCAGGGACCACAACCAAGACCUUGGAAUUGCCUGUGAAUUUCACUCUGAAGGCCCCUGGUCCAGGGUAUACCUGUGGACCUGCAACCAAGUUAGAUGAACCUACAAAGUUCACUACACCAGAUGGAAGGAGGAAAACUCAAGCCCACAUGACAUGGACUGUGACUUGCACGUACUCGCCGUUUCGUGCUCUGAGAUCUACAUGCUGUUUAUCUCUGUCAGCAUUUUACAGCGACGUGCCUGUUACCUGCCCCAAAUGCUCAUGUGGCUGCCAAGAUAACAUUACAAAACCAGGAAUCUGCGUAGAGGGAAACUCACCUUAUCUUGGUUCUGUCAUGAAUGGUCAAGACAAGAACGGCUUGGCACCUCUGGUCCAAUGCACUACUCAUAUGUGCCCAAUAAGAGUUCAUUGGCAUGUGAAGGCUAACUACAAGGAGUACUGGAGAGCCAAGAUCACAGUGACAAACUUCAACUACCGGAUGAAUUACUCGCAGUGGAACCUAGUAGCUCAGCACCCUAAUUUCAACAGCUUGACUAGCAUUACCAGCUUCAACUACACAGCUCUGAACCCUUAUGGACUUAUAAAUGACACCGCUCUGUUAUGGGGCAUCAGGCACUACAAUGAUUAUCUCUUGACUGCUGGACCUGAUGGAUAUGUUCAAUCUGAGCUACUAUUCCGGAAGGACCCGUCAACUUUCACCUUGCGGGCAGGAUGGGCCUUUCCAAGAAGAGUGUACUUCAAUGGCGACAAGUGUGUGAUGCCACCUCCAGAUGCGUACCCGUGGCUGCCAAACACAUCCACGAAAUCAACCGUAUCAGUUAUCGUCCCAUUGGUUCUUUGGAUAUUGCUAGCUAAUCCCUACUUCUGA